AUUAAAAGUAGUAGUAGAUAAUAUAGAGGUUUCCCAGUGCAUCCACAUUGAAUGCCCCCACGCGGUUUUGAGAGGCACAAAAGAGAGAUGAUAGCAUUGUAUUGGCUACAAAGCUGGGCUGACUUUGGCCUUCAAGAGAAGUUAAUGCUUUCGCUGUCAACUUUUGACUAUUUGCCUUCCCUCUCUCUCUUUCCUUCAGUCAGCGAGUCUUCACACACUCUCUUUGCUUUUUUUGCACUAUUUAUACACCUCUUAUUUUGACUCUUGCCUUAGCACAAUAUUGCAAUUAGUAAGAAGAAAAUCAUGAAAAGAGAGAAAAGAAGAGAGGGAGAUAGAUAUAUUAUAGCUAGCUAGAUAGAGAUUAGAAGCUAUAUUAUUAUAUACAUAAAGUUAUAUUAUUUAUAUUGAACUAAAAGAAAGGGUACAAGGGAAAGAUGGGAAGGCCACCAUGUUGUGAUAAAGGUGUGAAGAAAGGACCUUGGACUCCUGAAGAAGACAUCAUUUUGGUGUCUUAUAUUCAGGAACAUGGUCCUGGCAAUUGGAAAGCUGUUCCUGCCAAUACUGGGUUGUCAAGGUGCAGUAAGAGUUGUAGACUUAGAUGGACUAAUUACCUGAGGCCAGGAAUCAAAAGGGGUAACUUCACAGACCAAGAGGAGAAGAUGAUUAUCCAUCUUCAAGCACUUUUAGGGAACAGAUGGGCUGCAAUAGCUGCUUACCUACCACAAAGAACAGAUAAUGACAUAAAAAACUAUUGGAACACAUAUUUGAAAAAGAAGCUGAACAAAAAAUUGGAAGCAGGUUCUGAUCAAGGAAGCUUGUUGGGAGGAGGACAUAAUAAUAUUGGGUUUUCAUCAGUUUCUCAACCAAUGUCUAGAGGCCAGUGGGAAAGAAGGCUUCAAACAGAUAUUCACAUGGCCAAAAAAGCACUUAGUGAAGCACUCUCACCAAACAAGGCAUCAUCAUCAUCAUCAACCUUGUUAGCUGAAUCAAAUUCAAACCUCUCCAAUGAAAAUAGUACCUUCUAUAAUAGUAACACUAAUAAACCAACAACAACACAAUCUAUGUGCUAUGCUUCAAGUGCUGAUAACAUAGCUCGUUUGUUGAAAGGGUGGAUGAAAAACACACCAAAAUCAGCCUCAUGUGCUGCCUCGGCUGUGACUCAAAAUUCCUGUUCUUCUAGUGAAGGAAUUACAACAACAAAGGGAAGCACAACAAGCACUAGUACUGUUGAAUUGUCUGAGACUUUUGAGUCCUUGUUUGGUUAUGAGUCUUUCGAUAAUUACUCUUCAAAUUCUGAGUUCUCACCAUCUCUUUCUCCUGAGGCUACUCUUUUCCAAGAUGAGGGCAAGCCAGAUAUAACUACAGGAUUAAUAGACAUGCCUUUCUCUUUGUUUGAGAAAUGGCUUCUAGAUGUUGAUGCUGGUAGUCAAGAGAAACUUGGCUUCUAGAUUAUUAGUUCAAUUUGAUAUGUUUUUUCUUAGUUAUAGGAGAGUAAGUUAAAUCUCUCUCUCACUUUGGCCCUCAACCCUUCUUUUGGUUCUAGAAGUGUAUAUUCCAAUCCAAUGUUAACAUUAUUAUAUGAUAAAUCUAUAAUACUACUAUCCUAUAAUUAAAUGCCUCA